GCUGACGAAGGCGCGUGCAGGGGACACCACCGUGGCCAACUGCGGCGUCGUAGGGACUGACAACGUCCUCAGGCGCCGCACCUUCCUAGAGCAGUGUGAUCGAUCCGUGGCCGUGUGGGAGUAUGUCGAGAUGGCUGACCCGUGGGUGGUAACACCCGGUGAACGAACAAAGCAUGAAGAACAGUUCAAGACUCUGCGGCCUGUGGGGGGAUACAUCACUGGAGAGCAGGCCAAGGGUUUCUUCCUGCAAUCCAGGCUUCCCCCACCUGUACUUGGCAUCAUCUGGGCACUGUCUGAUGUGGAUGGAGAUGGAAAAAUGGAUCUUCAUGAGUUCAGUAUUGCAUGCAAGCUGAUCAACCUGAAGUUACGAGGGUUCACUCUACCAUCUACCCUACCAGCAUCCCUCAAACAGUCUGCCUGUGUUGGUAUUGGAGGGGCACCAGCUCCAGCUCCACUGGGCCCUUCUGCUGCCUCUGGGCCUGUUUCCACUGGAGGGGCUGCUGGGGUUAUGGUUGCAGACCUUACUGCCUGCAGUAAUGGUCUGUCACUCACAUCAGCAAUAUCAUCUGGUCCCAUUGUGUCAACUGUGGUUGUAUCGACUUCUGUACCUACCCCUGCUGCUCCCAUUUCGGCUCCUAUUUCUGUACCUCUUGUCUCAGCCCCUGGUGACUCUAAAGAGGUAUCAUCAUCUUUUGCACCAGUUUGUGCUGAUGCCCCAGCUGUAAUCUCUGCACUAGGUGUAGCAACAGUUCCACCUUGCUUACCUAGUUCUGUUCUGGUGACAGUGCCUGGCACUGUUUCUGGACUACCAAUUGGACCAAAUAUUAUUCCAGAAGCAUCAAUGAACAUGGUAUCAGGUAUUAUACCUGUGUCAGCAGCACCUUGUGUAAUUCUUGGAGUAUCAGCAGGGGCUGGGCAGGAGUCAGUGACUGCAGCUGUUCCUACAGCUGUCCCUCUUGAUACUGCAGAGGCUCAUGCUGGGGCUGCCCCUGCUGCGCCCCUUGGCGGUGGUGUGCCGUUGGCAGGGAUGGCGCCAAUAGUUCCAACACAACCAAUCAUGCCCAUGGCUCCAGCCUCCUCCCAAGCACCUGGUACCACAGUCCCCACGUUACAUGGAGCCUCCGUACCGGUCCCUGUGCCAUCAGCACCCUUGCUGCCAUCAGGAACUCAGCCAGUGGGAUUGCCGUCAUCUCAGCCCAUGGUGCCACCAGCACCAUCCAUGGUGCCAUCAUCCAAGCCUAUGGUGCCUCCAGCAUCACAGCCCCUAGUGGCACCAGUAGCUCCCAUGGUGCCUCAAGCAUCCCAACCCUUGGUGCCACCAGCUUCUCAGCCCUUGGUAGCACCUGUAUCUCAGGCAGUGGCAGCAUCUCCACAGCCAGCACAUGUGGGAGGCAUGGUGGCCCCAGUUGCAGUAUCCAGUGUUCCAAUCACAGCAGCAGUUCCUCCUGGAGCUCCUGUUGCACCCACUGGAGCAGCAGUACAGCGAACUGGCAGUCAGGAGUCUGGGGGUGCCCAAACUCCUGGUGAGUGGGCUGUGCCUCAGACGAGCAAACUCAAGUUCACCCAGGUGUUCAAUAUGUCAGACAGGACCAAGUCUGGAUACCUCUCUGGGGUACAAGCUAGAAAUAUACUCAUACAGUCGCAUUUGCCUCAGCAAAUACUGGCACAAAUUUGGGCACUCUCUGAUGUGGACAACGAUGGGCGGCUGUCAUGUGAAGAGUUUGUGCUGGCCAUGUAUCUCUGUGAGUCAGCCAAGGCAGGAAACAAACUCCCCACUGUCUUGCCAGCAGAACUCAUUCCACCCACCAACCGUCGCCAGCGCACCUCCAGCAUCCACUCCGCUGGUUCAGCAGGAACCCCGGUUGGUGAGGUGAUGGGUGCUCUUGCUGACAACUCCUUUGAGGACAAAAGACGUGAAAACUUUGAGAAAGGCCAGGCAGAGUUGGAGCGGCGGAGGAAGGCUCUCCUUGAUGCACAGAGACGUGAAACAGAAGAGAGACUUCGCCGAGAGAGAGAAGAGGAGGCAAAGAGGGAGAAGGCUCGUCAAGAGGCAGAGCGACGAAGGCAAGAGGAACUAGAGCGUGAGAUGCAGCGACAGCGGGAAAUAGAAGCUCAACGAGAGCAGGAGAGGAAGCGACAAGAGGACAUGAGAGAGCAGGCUCGCAAGGAUGCUGAGUUGCAGAGACAGCAAGAAUGGGAAAAACAGAGACUACAAGAACUCAUGAAUGUGAGGCAGCGACAGCAGGAAAACCUUUUAUCUCUCAAGGCCAAGAACCAAAGUCUUUCCAUAGAGUUCACAACAAAGGAAGACCGAGUUAAGGAGUUAACUCAAAAGAUCAGUGAAACCAGACAAGGAGUGACAGAAGUAAAAGCCACCAUUGACACUAUGCGAUCCACUAGGGACACCUACAUGGCUGACAUGAAUCAGCUGAAGGCAGCUGCUCGGGAGCAGAAUCAGAGGUUGUUAGUUUUGAAUCAAGAAAAGGCACGUCUCAAGGCUCGCAGUACAGCUGCUGCAGGAGCAAGUGGAGCAGAGCAGGCAGCUGUAGAUGCCUCCUUUACAAGCAAGCAGAUGGUCAUCAAGCAACUACAGGAGAAGGUUGACAGCUUGCAAGCAGAGUUGUCAGCCAAAGAGGAAGAUGUGAAUAACAACAUCACAGAUUUGAGUCACAUGAAGGAAGAAAUACAUGCCACCGCUGAAAGAUGUUCCAGCGUCUUCAUUGAAUACUCAGACAAACGAAAGCAGGUGAUGUCUCUUCGAGAAAAGCUUCUGAAUCCAGAUGCUGCGUGGGGUGAUGCUGCUAGUUCAUCUUGGGCAGGUAAAGGGUUUGACAGUGGUGGGGCUGGUGCCUGGACUAGUGCAUGGCCCCCCAGUCAGCCCAAAGAUGCAUGGCCCAGUAGCAGGGGUGAUGUUAGUGGCGCCCCCACCAGUAGUCAACAACCUCAACAGGAACAGGAACAGGAACAGGAACAGGAACAGGAACAGCAGGAACCAGAGUUGCAGCAGCAGCAGCAACAACAGCAGCAGCAGCAGCAGCAGCAGCCACCACCAGUGCCACCACCACCAACACAACAACCCACAGCAGAACAUCAUCAACCUCCAGCACGUCCCCCGCCCCCUUCCACAACCACCACCUCCUCCACUAUGCCCCUCAUGGCCACUACUGGCACUGUUCAUGAGAAGCCGGCAGUACCCCCAGCCCCCCAGAAAGCUGAUGGCAUCAGCAAAACCAACUCCACUUUCAUCACCAACAAUACCAGUGCUGUGGGCUGGGGGGUCCACAAUUCCACAACCUCCUCUUCCUCAACCACCACCACAGCUCCUUGGGGGGCAUUCUCCACCACAACCACCACCACCAUCUCAUCUACCACUUCUACCACACUUUCAGAUAAAGAAGAAAAUGCUGUACCUGGUGAAAACAAAGAGGGAGUCAUGAAACGUCGAGCACUGUACCAGUUUGAUGCUCGCAAUGCUGAUGAGAUCAGCUUCAUGCCUGGAGACAUUAUUGUGGUAACAAUGACAGAGGGAGUUGAGCCAGGAUGGUUAGGAGGUGAACUUCAUGGCCAGACUGGCUGGUUCCCUGAGGCAUACACAGAGCCACUAGACACCAGGGAGGCAGAAGUUGCAUCGGAAUCCCUCGUCAGGACACAGCUGGAAAACAUUCCAGAGGAAGCAGGAGCAAGUGUAGGAGUACAGCAAAGUGUAAUAGGUGAGGCAUUGGCUGUAUUCCCAUGGAGAGCCAAGCAGAGAAACCAUCUAUCGUUCAAUAAAGGAGACCGUAUCACUGUUAGGGAGCAACAGGAGCAAUGGUGGUAUGGAGAACUGAACAAUGUGGGGGGCUGGUUCCCAAGAUCAUUUGCACGCAUGGUGUCUGGUCCUGCUGCUGUCACUUCGCCAGUCACUACUCCUCAGGAGGCCCCAGAGGAACCACCUAUGCCAGAUAAUCUUGUCCAUGAUGAUGUGUCAGAGUUUUAUCAAGCUCUGUAUCCCUAUCAGUCUGGAGAGCCUGGUGACCUUACCUUCAAUGCUGGUGAGAUAAUCCUAGUUGUGAAGAAAGAGGGUGACUGGUGGCAUGGAGUUGCUAACCAGAACACUGGCAUCUUCCCUUCCAACUAUGUGGAGCGUAUGCCUAACCAGUUUAUAACAAGUGCAGGAGACAAAGUUGAGGAAGAGCCUGAGGUGGCAGCUCCCUUGAAGGAUGAGGUGGCAUUGGGGGAGGAGCAGGCUGAGGCAGACCAUCAGGUGGUAGCCAAUGAAGAAAGUAAAGAGGAGCAAGGACAAACUGCAGCCACUCCUGCUACUGUUCAGACUCCUGACUCUGCUAAUCUGAAAGUUAAUCAGGACGACGAGCUAGAAAACAAGGAGGUCAUGGAGCUUUCUAAGUCACCCAGGUCACCAAAGGGUAGCAAGGGAAAGAAACCAGAGAUUGCCACUGUUCUGGCUCCCUAUGAUGCAACCAGCAGCAACCAGCUGAGUCUCCAGCGUGGACAUUUAGUUAUGAUUCGCAAAAAGACAGCAUCUGGCUGGUGGGAAGGUGAACUCCAGGCAAAGGGGAAGAAGCGGCAAAUAGGAUGGUUCCCUGCUACAUAUGUUAAAGUUUUAAUGGGAUCCUCUCGCUCCACCCCUGUUUCCAUGGAGCUAACCAACAAAGAGGACACUCCUCCUGAUCUAUCCCAGCUUUCACCCUCCUCUGGCAACCCACACACCCAGGUCACUGUUACACCACCCACUGAUGAACCAAUGAAGGGACCAAAUGAUGCAUCAAAUGGGUUUGCAGAGCAGGUGGAGGCACUUUAUCCCUACACUGCCAUGAAUGAAGAUGAGUUGACCUUUGAAGCUGGUGCCAUUAUCUCAGUGAUCGACAAGGAGGAUGCUGCCUGGUGGAAAGGUACCCUUGAGGGUGCUAUUGGUGUCUUCCCUUCCAACUAUGUGCAGCCUUACCCCAGUGACUCAGCCGCCAACACUGCUGGGACGCCUGAUGCAGAGGACUCCUUGUGCUAUACAGAUUACAAGAGUGAGGGCCAAGAACAUGGAUCUACCAGGUCCAGUUGGCAUGUUUCCAUGUCAUCCCCAGUGGAGCAGCAGCGACAGAGUGUCAUCCAAGAGAUUCUGCAGACAGAGGCAGUCUACCUUCGAGAGUUGCUGUUGGUGGAGGAGGUGUUCAUCAGAAUCAUGCGUUCUUCAGGCAUUGUAAAUGAGAAGGAACUGGAUUCAUUAUUUGUUAACUGGGAUGAAUUGAUCCUAGCCAACUCAUACUUCAACAAAGCACUAAAGGUGCGGUGCAUGAACAGCAGUGGAGGAGUCAUCACAAUGAUUGGUGAUGUCUUAUGUCAGCAGAUUAGCCAACUGAAGCCUUAUCUCAGGUUCUGCAGCCUCCAGAUGCAUGGUGCCACUCUACUCGGAGAAAAGUGUCGGGCAGGUGGUCCAUGGUCUGACUUAGUGAGGCAGUGUCAAGAGCAUCCACUUAUCCAAGGUCACACCCUCACCUCCUUCCUGCUCAAGCCUAUGCAGAGGAUAACCAGAUACCCACUGCUUAUCAAGCAGCUGCUAAAAUAUACUCCUGAGGGUCACCCUGACUGUUACAACACCCAAGAGGCACUCUCAGCAUCUGAGACGCUUUGUGCACAAGUAAAUGAAGCUGUAAGUCAGAGGGAGAACACAGACAAGUUGGAGUGGAUGCAGAGAUGUGUGACCUGUGAGGGUUUGCAGGAACGCCUCGUCUUUAAUUCUCUCACCAACACUCUGGGUCCAAGGAAGCUCCUGCAUACAGGCACUCUUCACAAGGUCAAAAGUAAACGUGAGCUUGUAGCUUUUCUUCUUAGUGACUUCCUUUUGCUGACAACCCCAAGUAAGUCAGUGUCUUCCUGCACAACUUUAGCAACGUUGGAAAGAGCACUCACUUCCACCACGUGUGCCAUGUAUCGUAAGCCUAUGUUCCUGACUGACCUGAGAGUGGAGGGGGACAAAGACUCAGAGACUUGCUUCACUCUUGUUAGUCCAGCGUGUGGUGACAUUGCUGUAGCAGCACCGACCACUCAUGAAAGAAACAACUGGCUUAAGAAAAUUGCUAUUGCCCAGAAGCACAUUAGUGAUACAGAAAGAUCUCUCCUUCAUCGACAGCAGUCCAAAGAGAAAGACAGGAACAUAAUGGGCCGAGUGUUAGUCACCGUCAUGGCAGGAGUCUCCCUGAGUGAAAAACAUUGUGAGGGUACUCUCCAGUCAUUCUGUGAGGUUAGCCUGGGUUCUCAGGUUCAGCGGACAAGCAUUGCAACAUCACCUCAUCCAAAAUGGGACUCCACCAUGCAGUUCCUUGUUAAAUCUCUUUCAGAGGAUGUGUUGUGCAUCACAGUUUAUGAGAAAGGUUACUUCAAACCAAAUGAAUUUCUUGGCCGAACAGAAAUCAAGAUUCACCAGGUGCACGAGGAGUCACGCCACCAGCCCGGUGCUCAGCCACAAGUCUACAAACUUGCCCUGCAGGAAGCAAAAACGGGUGAGGUUAUUUUGAAAAUUUCUCUUCAACUUUUUGAUCAGUCAUAGCAGAUGUAAUGUUGAAUUUGUGAAUAAUGUUUAACAUGUACAAAACACUAAGUUCUUACUUGCACAAAUGUACACUUUAGUUGAACAUUUUUGCUACAAAACUUCUUUAUUAGUGACUCUCUCUCUCUCUCUCUCUCUCUCUCUCUCUCUCUCUCUCUCUCUCUCUCUCUCUCUCUCUCUCUCUCUCUCUCUCUCUCUCUCUCUCUCUCUCUCUCUCUCUCUCUCUCUCUCUCUCACACACGCACACACACACACACACGUUACAUUUUUAAUUAAAAUAUUACCAAGUGUAUGUGUCAUGUAUGUCAGUCUUGUCAGUCUUGGUUUCCCAUGGUUAGGCCAAAGUGUGUUCUUGUACAUCAGCUGUUUUUUCAUAUGCAUAUUGUAUUGGUUCUUUGUUUAUUACAAAAUUCCAAUAAUAUGCAUGAUGCUGUGAAUAAUCAAGUGUUAGGUAAUCUUCAUAAUUUCGCCAUGUGAUGUGAAAAAAUAUAUUGACUUCAGAUUUGAUUUCCUUAACACAGAAUUAUGCAGGCACUGUAAACAAAACAUUUGCCAAUUCGUGGCAUUCCAUACAAGGAACAUUUCUUUCCUGUUAUGCCAGUGGUGCAACUUACCAUUAUGCAUUUUUAUUUUUUAAAGGUGCACAUACUUAAUGUUCUUCAUCUUAAAUUGUACAAAUGAAAUAUGAUAUUUAUAAGAUUAAAAUCUGACAGGAAAGUAAACAAUAAGUGAAGUAGAUGUGUGUUCUACUUCACACAAAGUUCCUUUCUAUUGCACUCAGGUAUAUGGUUCAUGUGGUGACUGAUUGUGGUGCAGCCUAAUAAAAUGUGUGUCUGAUAAGUGAGUUAAUAUCAAACUUCAUGGAUGUAGCUGAGCACACCAAGGGAGACACUAUAUAUGUCUGACAUACUUAUAUUGAGGUAAUCAUUUCAAAAUAAUUUUCCCUGUUUGUACUUUUAACAUUUAACAAGGAGAGAUGUUUGACGAUCCAGCACCAAAUUCAAACCUAAUGAAUGUGCUGCUUACCAGCAUGUGGAAUGUACCUGCUUUAAUGGGUAACAUUCCUCAUUUGGAUAAAGUGGUUUACUAAAUAAUGCCACAUAAUGGUAGAUCAAGCAAAAUAAUAUGGCUAUGUUUUCAUUUUCACUGGAAUGUCCUUGAAAUCCAGUUAACCUGUCACUAAAAGCAUUAACCAUUUUGAGAAUGUAUAUGAGCUUAUUGUUUUAAAGAUGAAAAUUAUUCAGGCUUUGUAAAUGAACAACCCUCAUAAUGUGAAAAUAGUACUGUAUGUGCUGUAAAUAAUCUGAUCACCGAAUUCACCCUUAUUUUCUGGGACUACAUAAAUCAUCCAAGUAUGUAAGAGGAUUGGUUAUUGUUGUUCUCCAAGAAAAUAAAGGUAAACAAAAAACAUUUAUUUGAAAGAUCACACAUACAUAUAAAAAAAAUGUGUGUGCGGGAUGGUAAUGAGUGAAGAGCGAUGGUAUUUGCAUGAGUAGAGAGACUUCCUGAACAGUCUCACAAGAAGUUCUCCCACAUGUUCUGAUCAAGAAUAAUAUUUUAGAUUUUUAACUGUUUCACUCCUUAUAGUCUUGAGAUACAGACUGCCAGGCUAGGUUUUAGGCACAUUUUGCCAAUUUUUCAAGUAGAUGGGAUUUCAAAGCAGGGGUGAGCAUGAAAAAUUAAUUAUUUGCCUUUUUCAUUCUUCAGUUUUCCAGUUGCUUUCACCAUGUCCUCCCUUCCAAUGUCUUAUUCAUGCAUUCUCCUGCCAGAGACCAUCACUCUCAUACAUGUAUUGAUUGCCUAUCAAAAUAUUUCAUCCAUCUUCAUUUCAUGGUCUCUAUUUCUCUUAACAUAACUUCCAUCUGCAUCUUUCCCCUUAUUCUCUUUGCUUGUGAUGUAUAUUUUUAUUCUUCAUUGUUUCUCAUCCUUACAAUGAAGCCUUUUAUCCUGCUCCCACUUGUCUUCCAAAACCUGCAUUAGCUUUCCUGUUACUCCUGUGCCAUUUACUUCAUUUCUUUUUUUUAAGUUUUAGACAUAUAUUCCUGUUUUCUGGCUUUUAUUCUGGUAGUUUCUUUACAUAUUUUUCUAGUAUUCUUUCUUUAAAAAAUGUACACAAGACAUUGCAUUUUUAAAUUCUUAUGAAAAUUAUAAGCCACUGAUGUGAAACAUGAAAGUGAUCAGAUUUUAUUUACAGCAUUAAGAGUUUCAAACACUACAGAUGUUUCCAUUGUAUGUAUGCGUCCAAUGACAAUCUAUGAGCUCCUUUCUUGUUGGAAGCUAACUUGUGCAUUCACUGUUAAUGUGUCUGGUUUACAAUAAAAACUCAGUGAUACAAAUGUCAAUCUUGUGUGACAGCAGUUUUGGAGGUGUUUUUAUACUCCUCUUCUGAAAUGCCCUAAGUCAUAGAAAGGGGGCAGUUUAGGCAUAUAUGUUUGAUUAUGAAUGAAGCACUGAUUUUUCUUGUGCUUCCAUACUCUAUCCAUAAUGUGUAGAUACUAUUGCUUCCCCUUGUGUUGUUUCAUUUGUUAAAUAAUCAAAAUGCAUUUUCUACACACUCCUCCCAUCUCUUCCUUGGUACUUACAAGAAUUCCAUGCUCUCUCUUCAUUGUUAUAGUCUUUUAAUUUCCUUCCAAAACAAUUUAUUCUCUUUGAAUUUUUCACUUGGCUUCCUAUCAAACUCUUCAUCUAUUCUUCUUUUACUUUUCUCUUAUCAGCUCCUUCACUUCUCUAUUCCAAGGCUUACACUGUUAUCUUUCAUUUAAAUUUCUUCUUGCAUAUUUUUUGUGACAUUUUCUUAAAUGCUCUCAUCUUUUCUUUAUCUUUAUUAUAAAACAACAAAGUGAUGUGCAGCAAUGAUAACAUGUGAUUGUGUGUUAUUAAGGGAAUGUGGAGCAUUGCAUUGUAAGUCUCCUUUUUUUUGGCCAGCACAUGUGUGAGUGGCAGUGGUGAUCAUUCAGAUAAUGGUUGCCAAACUUAUGUUCAUAUUCCAUCUUUGUGAAUCUAGCAGAGCGAGACCUUUACCCCUGCCUGCCUUUCCCUCCUGCCCAUUCUUCCCUUAUUUCAAGUUUAUUCACCUGCCCAUCCUCAUUCAUCCAAAGGCCCAGUGGUCCCUUCUUCUCCUGAUCCUUGUUAUAUUACUUUCACUGGGAGAAAGAAAAGAAAACAUGUAUUCAUAAUUCUAAUAGAUGUAAAAUAGUACUGCACAAAAUAGGUUCAUAAACCGUGCUGGGUGAUCACCAAGGUCAUUGAUGGCGAGGGAAUCAGAUGUCCCUUGAUUGAUACAUACACUAGUUGACUGGUAGCUGCACUGUCAUGUUAUCUGUUAACACAGCAUAUUUUCACAAACUGAUCAAAGGUUGUUACUUAAUAAAUAUCUUGCUGUUUAAGGUGUUUGUAGACUAUAGCUCACAAGAUGCUGUAAUAGUGAAUGGGUCAUGUCAAGCUUCCUUCUCAUUUGCCAGCACUACUGUAAGUUGAUUGAUUCAUAGUAUGUCACAGCAGUACAAAGUCAAGACAUAUGCAAUCUCAUCUAUUGACUAAGUUACAAGUAAAUAAUUCUAAACUUGCAUCCUGAUGUGUCAAGGAAGUCUUAAAAGGAGCAUAUUAUUUAUAUUUUUCAUCCUAUGGUUUUACAGUCAUAGCUGAAAGAUACAUCACAAACAUAUCAUUACAUGUAGGGUUAAUUCUUUGUAGUUUUAAGUUAAUAAUGUAGUUCUAAGCCACACAGUAAGCAUAUCAACAUGUAUGAAGUAUGUAAAUUCUAAGUCUCCUUAAUACCAUGAGAUAUAUUACUGAUAAGUUUUGCCAGUCCUGCAUCUCCUUGCCUGACUGAGGCUCCACACUUGUGAGCAAUGAACAGUGCUGUAUUUUUUGUUGCCCAAACCUCUUACUUAAAAAAGAAAAAAAAAGAAAAAUUGUCGAACAGCACACCACUGAAAUAAAUACAUAUAAUAAAUUCAUCCUUGAUGGUGCUGUUUAGAUAAUUUGCAAGGCAGACAUCAUUUCAGUAUAUUGGUAACCAAUAAAGUUUUCAUGUCAGGAGUGUAAGUGUAGGUUUAUUCAUUAUUUGACUUAAAAUCCAUAUAAUUUAUUUUGAAGUAAUUUAUUUUCAAGUAAAAGGUACUAAAUUAUUUCUAAUCAACUUAUGUAUUAUUAUUGUCAUCAUUAUUAUUAUUAUUAUUAUUAUUAUUAUUAUUAUUAUUAUUAUUAUUAUUAUGAUUAUUAUUAUUAUUAUUAUUAUUUGUGAAACUUCAUUAUGUGUUUUGAAUGCCAAACACCAUGUUUACAUUGGCCAUUGUGAGUUAUCUGAAGAUGACCAGGCUGGCUGGUGAAGAACUGGUUAUUUGAAACAUCUUUGACAAAUGCUCUAGUUUUUAGGCUCCUCUUCCAGAUUUUCUUCUCUUCUCUAGUGUAUAAGUAUACACUGGCAGUGCACAUUUCACUGCCAAGCAUUUAACAUGCUUUUCUAGUCAUUCUUAUCCUUCGUCAUCAAAUGGUCACCCCAGUGUAGUCUACCUGUUCUUAUCACUUCCAUGAUGCGUUCACUUGGAGAGAGUCUUUCACUUACCCAUAGUAGCUUAGUGAAAGUAAGGCAGUGCACAUUGCAGACACUAAUCAUAUCACCAGGGUAGCAAGAGCAUCACUGGGUAACAAGAGCAUCACUAUGCUGCACAGAAUAAUAACUUGUAUCCAUCUUUGACCCCAUUCUUAAGAUUCCCAGUGUAUGUACACUGCAAGUAAAAUAAUUGACAUGACUCUUGUGCCUAUCACACAAUUCCACUGGGCAUGGAAUUGCUAUACUGCACAGUGAAUGAAUUUACAACCUAUAAACUUUGUCACAGCACAUGGUUAGACACUGUUUUCUCUAACACUUAAUCAUAGUUGAUACUUACAUUUUUCUAUGCCAGUACAUUCUAUCUCCUUACAUUUUUCUAUGUCAGUACAUUCUAUCUCCUUAAAAAAAAAAAAUGAACUUUUUUUUUUUUACCUGCAAGCAGUCUUAAAUCCUUUUAAUUCAACAACUUUCAAAGCAGUUUUCUCCCUAAGUCACAGUAAGUACCUAUUCAUAAUUAUGAAGAAUAAAUGGUUUGCUGCAUCCCAGUAUUACCAAGUUAUUUAUUCAUACUGAUUCUUGAACCAGUUAUAAUUUCAGUAUUGAAGCUACUCAUCUCAAAACUUUCUCAUUAGCCUCUUUACUACCCAAUAGGCAGACCUUCUCUAAGUCAGCAAACACAGGUGACCAGUAAUGCAUUAUUUUAACCUCUGGUACAAAAGCAGACAGUGUCUAGUUUCUGAUACUAUGGAGCUUGAAGCUCCAUAGUUUAGAUACAUCACCUUACUCUUUGUACACAUUUUUAGUUACAUAUUUCAACAGUUUUCCAGGAUUACACUUUCUUUAACACUUAGGUUCAUCAAAUGUGUACAUCAGAUCCGCUGCCACUCUUACAUCUAUAUAAUUAAAAAAGAGCUCUCUGUAUCUUAGCAGUUAUUGCAUAGAUAUUACCAAUCUUAUUAAUUCCCUUUAUAUAUUUCUUCCUUUACCAGACAACUUUCUAUACUUGGAAGUGAGCUAUCAACUAGAGCUGUUGUAUGCAAGUUGGCUUUGUAAGACUUUUUUCUUCCUGAGAACUGUAGGUUGUAAAUAUCUUUUUAUUUUACUGUAUUGAAAGUUUUUGAACAUUUUAAUUAAUGUUUUAUGUGAAGAACUAUGUUUGUUUACAUUGCCCCAUCAUAGUCAGUUAUUUUGUUAAUUUCUUAUAAAAUAUAUUAAUUAAAAAUUACUGCAAUAUUGUAGAUUAUCAGACAUGUACACUGUGUUUACUACACUGAACUAUGCUGACAAUUAUUACUUUUCAGGUAUUUGAGAGUAUAUUAUUUAUUUAAUUAGCACCAAGGUUACAAGAUGUGGAUAACCAUAUCGAAGGCUGUUGUAAGAAUAACAAAGUUUGGUAGGAGGCCAAUUACUUUACAAUUACUGGGCAAUGUAUUUUGUUGCACAAGAAUAAAGACAAUCUACUUUGUACAAA